CUUUUCACGCUCUCGCUCUGCACCCUACGUCUGCCGCUCCGGCGCUCCGCGGCUCGCCAGUUGCCGGCUCCGGUCGUCCUCAACCUCAAUCUCCGCUGCUCGCCGGUCGCCGGCUUCGUCUUCAACUGUCGCUGGCUGCCUGGCUUGCUGCUCGGUUACUCGCCUACUCUUGCUCAGAUAAUCAGAUUGCUCAGGCCUCAGGAAGCGACAUAACCACCGGAAUUGACAGUCAGUUUUUGGUUGGUGAUAGCAUUUCAUUCAAUUGGUUAUGGAGGUCAAAAAUUCUAAUUGUUUUUUUGGUCGGUUAUGUAACCGACUGACGGUUUGCUCACCCAUAGGGAAAGUUGUUUAUGUAAGAUGAGGUAAUUGAGAGGGAGAAGAGGAAAGCCAUUUCAACUUUUCAAGCGAAACUUUAAACUCAACGAGGAGCUCUAUAAUAUUGUCAGGGCAGGAGGGAGCUCAAAUUUGAUGAAAUUAUGGAAUUUUUACAGAGCAUUUUCAUCUCUACCAGCAUACUAUACCGGACCACUCUCAGUUAUCCAUCUCAAUCGCUUACUCCAGCUUUCCAGCAAUUUCAAAACAUUACGCCAUGGAAAACAGACUCAUCAACAGAUAAUUGUACAUGGAGUUGCCGAGAAUCCAUUUAUCAUCACUAAAUUAAUCCAAAUGUAUGCUGAUUGCGGUGAUGUACAUUCUGCGUAUCAUUUGUUUGAUGAAUUGCCGCAGCCGAAUGUGUUUGCCUGGACGGCACUCUUGUCCUUCUUUUCCCGCAAUGGGUUGUUUUAUGAGUGUGUUAGCACUUAUUGCGAGAUGAAAGUCGAGGGCAUUUUGCCUGAUAAGUAUGUGUUUCCGAGAGUUCUGAGAGCAUGCUCAUUGUUUUCUUGCUUGGAAGUUGGCGUUCAGGUUCACAAAGACGUGGUUGUGUGUGGUGUUGAACAAAAUGUGCAUGUUGGGAAUUCUUUGAUUGAUAUGUACUCUAGAUGUGGGGACCUUAGGAGUAGUAGAUUGGUUUUUGAUUUGAUGAUAGAGAGGGAUUUGCUUUCUUGGAAUUCGAUGAUUUCAGGAUAUGUUUGCAACAAUUUUCUUGCUUUGGCAAUGGAAAUGUUGGGUUUGAUGAGAAUGGCGGGUUUUCAGCCUGAUAUAGUGACAUUUAACAUUUUAAUGGAUGCUCAUUGCCGUGUUGGUCAGUGUGAUGAAGCUUUGGAAAUAUGUAAACAGAUUAAGGAUCCUACUAUAGUCUCAUGGACAACUUUGAUGUCAGGCUAUUCUAGAAUAGGGAAGCAUGAUAUCUCACUACAGAUAUUUGGGAAUGUAAUGAAUCGGGGAGAAAUUUAUGCCGACUUAGAUUGUCUUUCCAGUGCCCUUUCUUCCUGCCAACAUAUGAAGGCUUUAAGGAGUGGACAAGAAAUUCAUGCAUAUGGUAUUAAGGUGGAACAAUUGCAUGAAUUUUAUCAAUCAGCUGGACCUGCCCUCUUAUCCAUGUACUCUAAGUGUGGGAAGAUUGAAUAUGCAAGGUGUGUAUUCGACUUGGUGGAUAAAUGUGACGUUGUUGCCUGGAAUGCAAUGAUUCUCGGGUUUGCUGAGCAAGGGGCAGGAAAUUCGGCUAUUGAGUGCUUCAGAAAAAUGCAAAACAUGAGAAUCAAGAAUGAUCAGACAACAAUUACGACUAUUUUGCCUGUGUGUGACCUGAAAUAUGGAAAACAGAUUCAUGCGUAUGUCUGCAAAGCAACCUUUGGUGAUGCCAUUCCUGUUUGGAAUGCGCUGGUUUACAUGUAUGCAAAAUGCGGAUGCAUACAAGCUGCAUAUUCUGUGUUUUCUCGUAUGGGUAACAAAGACUUGGUAUCCUGGAACACAAUGAUUGGAGGUUUUGGAAUGCACGGUUUGGGCAAAGCUUCUUUACAACUCCUGCAAGAGAUGAAUCUUUCUGGCAUUCGCCCCAACUCAUUGACAUUCACUUCUGCACUAUCGGCAUGCAGUCAUUCAGGUCUUGUUGACGAGGGGCUAGAAAUUUUCCAGAGAAUGACACAACACUACUGCUUAAGUCCCAGAACGGAACACUUCACUUGUAUUGUUGAUUUACUAACACGGGCAGGUCGUCUUGAAGAAGCUGUCGACUUUAUCACGAGAAUGCCUGUGGAACCGGGGAAGCACAUUUGGGGUUCUCUACUAGCCGCCGCUUUAGCACACCAAAACUUAGAUAUCGGAGUUCUAGCUUCAGAAAGUUUAGUGAAGUUGGAGCCCGAAAAUCCAGGACACUAUGUGACAUUGUCAAAUAUGUAUACCAGAGCUGGACGAACAGAUGAUGCUGUUGCACUUCGAAAAAAAAUGGAAGGUACAGGGCUGGUUAAGCAGUUUGGUCGGAGCUGGGUUGCAACUGGAAACUGAACAUUUAUCAUUUUCUGGUUCCAUAUUGGCUGCCAUUAUUGGUUGAAUGCUUUUCUUACACAGAUUUCUUACAUAUCUAUAAUGUUUGAGCCAUUCUGCAUUUUAUUAUAACUUCAAAAAAUUAUUUAUUUCUAUUAUUCAUGAUAAAAUGCAGAAUGGCUUAAACAAAUUAAUCUUAUGGAAAUUAGGGAAAUCAGAUAAUUGUGUUAAAAUUGGUUUUGAUCCUAAAAUUGGUUUAGUUGGAUUUAUUUCUAUGCUAAUUAGAGAAUAGAGACUGUACUGUGUCUAGUAAUUACAGAUUAGUUGGAUUCAUUUUGUAUCUUUGAUUAGUUAGUGAUAUGAAUAUAUAUAUAUACAUCUUUUUGGUUCAGUUA